UCUCCAUUUUCAGAGGAGCAGAUAAUGCAGUGGUUUAUUCAAAUGACUAUGGCUCUGCAGCAUAUUCACUCCAAGAAAGUUCUUCACAGAGAUUUGAAAUCACAGAAUGUGUUCUUGACAAAGAAAGGAGUUGUUAAAAUAGGUGACUUUGGAAUUGCGCGAAUGAUGGAGAACACUUUUGAUAUGGCACAAACUUGUUGUGGUACUCCAUGUUACUUGAGCCCUGAGCUAUGCCAAGAUAUGCCGUACAGCUCCAAGGCUGAUGUCUGGGCCCUUGGUUGUCUUCUUUUUGAGAUGUGUGCGUUGCGUUAUGCUUUUGAUGCAACAAACUUUGUCAGUUUGUUUUACAAGAUUGUCAAAGUGGACCACGGAGAAGUUCCAUCACGGUAUUCGCCUUCCUUAAAAGCCCUCAUCAAACAACUUUUGGCAAAGUCCCCGGAUGACAGACCAUCUGCGGGAGCAAUCCUUAACCUGUCUUUUGUUCAAGAGCAUCUCGCAAUUUUCAUCAAAGAAAAGGAAAAUCUCCAAGAGUCGUUGCAUGCAAAACAGCUGUUGAAGACCGCAGCUGGGAGUAGAAACAAGUCUCCCAGCAUGCCUCAGCGGCCAUUGUCGGCUGCAGGAAUCAAAUCCCCGGAUGAGAACCGCAGAUUGACGAAGGUCAGAUGCAAGUCAGCUCAGCCAAUAAACAGAGAACAUCAGCCAAUACCGACAGAGCAAAAGAAAGAAGUCAGUCCAAUAUGUCAGCCGGAAGACCCUGGCGAGUAUUCCGACGAUUUCGACGAGUCGGACGACGAAGAUUACUCGGAUGAAUUCGAAGAUGAUUCGGAGCUAAACGGUAACUCACUGAAGAAGCCAUUAUCUGCAACAAAACUGACAGAAAGUGGAGGUGACGAGGAGACAGAAAAUGAAUAUCCUGAUGACUUUGAAGAUGACUCCGAAGAAGAAGAGGUUCUAGGUGACAUUUUGACCAAUGCCAGAGCUGCUCAUGAUGGUGAAGUACCGGAAGAAGAAGUCGUUGAGGACUCCGACAGGCCAUUGUCUUGUAAACAGAAGCUCAAAGAGCAUGUGAUAACAGUUAUCGGAGAAAAAAUGUUUGAGGAAGUACGGGAGAGGUUUGCCAAAGGAGAGUUGGAAACUGAUCAAAGACCUGAAUUCGAACAAGUAACAGGAUCCAAAAUGAUGGAAACUUGUUAUCUGGUGAACGAGUUAUUCAUUGGAUCAGAGAAAAGAAGUUGACUUUGUCUUAUACAUAGAAUCACUGCUGUGUCAGAGAGAAAGGAACGAACCUAUGACUCCGUUUCAUAGACAUUGAUAAAUCUUAGUUUUUUCUAGCAAGAUUUAGCGAUCAUCGUGACUAAUUUAACUUAGAGCUUUCGAAGAGUGGGCGUUAUGCUUUAGUAUUAUUAUAAUUAUUAUUUUUAUUAUUGUUAUUGCUAUGAUUAUUAUUAUUAUCAUUUUUAUCAUGAUUAUUGAAUCCUCUACUGAUUUUACCACAAGUCUAGACAUUAAGAUAUUUGGCAAAUUUAAACUUUUCUACGACUCUGUCAAUCCUUGUAAACAAGGAAUUAGAAUUGUGUUUUCAUUUCAGUUGUAAAUAUAUUUGUAUCUAUUGUCUAGCCAAAAAUUUAUUGUGUGAAAAGUUUGUAUAUUUUUAGAAAUAAAUUGCAGAUAGAAGAGAAAGUCGUCAUUAGAUGAUAAGAGCUGGGUAACUGGCCAGAGCACACAGAUGAUUUUUAAUACCGAUUCUAAAUUUGCCUUUUUGAAAGGAAUGUUUUUUGAAGCACAUGGCAAAAUUAAAAAUCCUUUCGACUUUG